AUGGGAGGUGCUAACCUGGAAGUGUUUAAGUUUGCAGCGUAUUUAUUCUUCCCUAUAGCAUUCAUGUACCAUUUUGGAGACCCUGACUGGUACGAAAGACAUGUAGAGCCUGCCAAAGAAGCUUUCUGGCCUAAGGAAGAAGAAACACAUAAACCAGCGAAGGAUCCAGAAAGUCUGAGAGCACAACUCGAGGAAAUUAAGAGCAGACGGAAGAAUGGAGCUACAGGAAAGCAAUCACAACAAGAACAACAACCACAACGUUUAGUGUGA